AUGAAGUUCUUUAUUGCGUUCGCUGCUCUGACUGCCUUGGCAGUUGCAGUUCCUGUGCAAAAGCCCAUCAACCAUGAUGAGGCGUAUCUCCAAGCCAUCAUGGAUGCCAUCAACAGCCCUCACACUGACCCCGCCACCGCUGCUCUUCUUGAACAGCAACUGGAAAGUAUCUUGGGUGAACAGAAGCCUAUCAUUGACCCAAGCCCCGUUCUUGUGGAUGAGGCUGAAAACAUCAACAUCGGGCCCGCUCUUGUAGAUGAAAAUGAGCCAAUCUCAACUGACCCAGCUUUAAUCGAAGGAAAUGUCCCAGUUAGCGCUCCAAUGGUUCAAGUUAUUAUAAACGUCAAUGCUGCCUCCAAGCCAGCACUAAAACCUGAAGAAAUUGACAACAGCCCCGCCUUCGUCCCAGAAAGUCCCAUUAUUCCAGACCCAAUUAACAUUGGAGUCCCCAUCCUGCCUGACCUUGCCAUAAACCUCCCUGAAGAAUUACACUAA